GUGCUAAAAAAAGAAAAACUGUUGGUCAGAAUUUCCUCCUAUUUCAAUCUUCACACACUCGUUGUUGUUUGUUGACGGGCGACAUGUCAUGAUAUCAAACUAUGGAUUUAACUAGAGAAAAGCAACAUACAAUUAUCAAGAGGGCACAGGAGUCGUUAGACUCGUUUGGAUUUGAAGUACAUCCAUUUAAGAUUGGUUGGUAUAAUGAACAAGUAAAGGAUGUGUUCAGGCUUUCUUACCCUGCAGACACAUUAGGCCUCCUGGUCAUUAGCACUCCUGAUAUGUUUGAGAGGGCAUUCAUACCCUUCCUGAAGAACGAAGAGUGCAAUGAAAUCAGAGAUCCUAUAGACCAAUGUGUGGUUCAUUACUUCAACAAGGUUAAACAGGUUUUUCCAGAUUGUGAUAUUGAAUCCAUCCAUGACUUUGAGAUGCACCACAGCAGAAAGCCAAAGAUUUUGGUUCAAACAGUGGGACAUGUCUCAGGGGCGGUGUAUUACUACCAGAAGUCUGAUGUCAUAAAACAACCCUGGCCACCGGAAAAGAAAAUCUGUGGCGUUUGUUAUCACCCAGCCUAUGGUGGAUGGUUUGGCCUAAGGGGAGUUCUUAUUUUCAAGGAGAUUCAGUGUCCCCAUCUGCAGCAGUCGGAGCCACAGGAUGUGAUACCUAGUCUAGAGAUGAGGGUAGAGCUCCUGAACAAGUUCAACUUUCACUGGCAGGACUGGACAUUUAGGGACCUCAUUCCUGUCAGAAAGAGAUAUUCACAGGAACAAAUGAUAUACUUCUCCACAAAACCAAAGGAUCGUGCAAAAUUGAUUGAAAAAAUAAAGUCAUCGGCAACAUUUUUACCAGACAGUCCAAAUGACCUGCAAUAUCUAGAUAAAGGACAUUCAACAGACUCUUCAGAUAUAAAUGACAUAGAUAUAAUCCAGACUGGUUAAGGUAUCCUCUUUUUUUAAAAAUACAUUUCUCAACUAAAAAAUGAAUUUACAAUGAACCCAGUAAAGGGUACUGUAGAUAUUGGAGGCAUGGUAAAUUUUUAAUUUAAGUAAACCUGCUUUUAAGAUACACGAAAUACUAAUUGUUCGUCCUCCAUGAAUCACUUGAUCUUUGAGUUUACACAGUUGUUUCUUUCUUUCAUUAUUUAUCUCAUUUUCUUUACGGACCAUAUAUUAUCUCUGACCUGGUCAAGCUUUAUUUUUUGUCAAUUUUUUAAAAUGUUCCUCAUUUAUCAUGAUAUUUAUGGUUUGAGUGAAUAAACUGAACAGUAGCGAAUGUAAAUGUGUCUUUUGAAAUUGGUAUUUAUAGAUGGUUUUAAGUAUUGUUGAUCUCAGAUUGAAUAAAUGAGUGGUGACUUCUUAAUAAUUGUGCUGACAAUAUACUCUAUUUGUAUCAAAAUGACAAAAUUAUAAUUUUGCUUUGAAUAAAAGUUAUAGUAAUCCUG